UUUUAUUGCUCCCUCGUCGGGUUUGGCCUCAUUUUUAGCGGACCGGCCCGAUCGAGUCUUUUUCGAGUGAAAAAUUUGCACCCGACUCGUUCUUCGGGCCGGGCCGGAUCGAGCUCCCAACCCUACACCCUUUUCCCAUCUGCCUUCCACUAUUUGAAUGACUAAAAUAUUAUUUAAGAUUUAUAUUGAAUAUCAUCCCAGAAAAACUGGUUCAAAUCUUAUCGAAAUACAUGGAAGUGAAAAUACCAUUCAAUUUUCUGGACGUAAUAUAAAUUUUAAUGGCCAAAAAUUUAAAAUGGGUGAUGAUCAAAUCUCGAAAGAAUAUUUUAAUUCUGGACAACCAACACAAAAUUCUAAUCCCUUCAAAGGAAAAACACACACUUUUAAUUUUGGUGGAGCUCAGCCAGGAUAUAAUUACUUCCCUGGAGAAACCUCACAGAAUCAAAAUAAAUUUGGAACACAAAGCCAAACAUGGGAAUUUGGAGAAGCAUCAAAAUCCCCCAAAAAUGUUCCAAAAACAUCUAAUUUAUUCCCAGAAACACCCAGCAAAUUUGGUGAGCAAAGAGAUGAUGAAAGUAUAGAUUUGGAAUUAAAAUUAUGA